GAAGCUUAGGAUUUUGUGUACGACGAAACUACCGUGGGUUGUGAUAUAGAUUUUUCCACUAAAAAAUACGAAAAACAAUAAAGAGAGGGCAAGAUGUCGAAAGAUAGAAUAGCCGUGUUUCCAUCUCGCAUGGCCCUGACCACCAUGAAGAUCAGGCUGAAAGGAGCACAGAAGGGCCACAGUCUUCUGAAGAAAAAAGCAGAUGCACUGACAUUGAAAUUCAGACAAAUCCUUGGCAAAAUUAUUGAGAAUAAAACAUUAAUGGGAGAAGCAAUGAAGCUUGCAUCUCUGUCCCUUGCAGAAGCCAAGUUUGCAAUGGGAGAUAUCAGUCACAAUGUUCUUCAGAAUGUAACCAAGGCCCAGACCAAAGUGAGAUCUAAGAAAGAGAAUGUAGCUGGAGUUAACCUACCAGUCUUUGAACACUACACGGAUGGAGCAGAUACCUAUGAACUGACCGGUCUCUCUCGUGGAGGGCAGCAGAUUGACAGACUAAAGAAGAACUAUGCCAAAGCUAUUGAGCUCCUUGUUGAGCUUGCCUCCCUCCAGACCUCCUUCAUUACUCUGGACGAAGUCAUCAAGAUCACCAACAGACGUGUCAAUGCAAUUGAACAUGUCAUCAUCCCACGCAUUGAGAACACCAUCUCCUACAUCACUACUGAACUUGACGAGCGAGAGAGGGAAGAGUUCUACCGUCUGAAGAAGAUCCAGGAAAAGAAGAAGAAGAUCAAGGCCAAGGAAGAGCUAAGGAGAAAGCAAAGACAAGCGCAGGGAGACUAUGGUGAUUCCAGGAAUCUAAUAGCUGAUGAUGUAGAUGAAGAUUUAUUGUUUGACUCAUAGUGUAAUGUUAGGAAUAGAUAGUUAUAGAUGGGGAAAUAUAUAAUAAAGAAAUAUAUAUCUAUAUACAUCAGUCUAGUUCAUAUGUUGAUUAUGAGUCGUUUUGUGAAAUUCAAUUUCUUUCCAAGACAUCUCAUAAGCAUGUAUUGGGUUACUGGGAGGAAUAUAUGUCAUUUUCCCCCAAUUUCGUUUAGAUAAAAUAUUACAAGAACUCAUUUGGUGAUUAUUUGUGUAUUUACAUGAUAUAUACAUGGACAGUUUAUGGAAUCGGUUUGAAAGUAAAGUGAUAGUAAAUGGAAUUAUAGUUAUGAGGGAAGGGAAUUUAUUUGUAUGAUUUUUAUGGCUAGCCUUGUCAUGAUUCCAAUUAGUAUCCCUAAAACCUAAAAACAUAAAACCAUGUGAUUUUCUUCUCAGUCAAAGUCUCAAAUAGACAGCAACAAUGUAAUGAACAGUUAUUUACAGCUUACUAAAUAUUUUUGUAACCCAACAUACCAUAGUUGAACAAAUAUUGUAUUAUGUUGUAGACGGACAUUCAUAUCAUCAACAUUGUACCAUUAAAGCACAAUUUUGUCAGCUUUAAUUUUGUUAUGAUGUAACUAAUGGUCUGUGUAAAAGAAUACACAUUUGCUCUUAUAGCUUUGAAUAUUGUAUUAAACAACUCCUCUUCCAUAGUGUAUGAAUGGCAUAUUGUGAAUUUCAUGAAAUGGAAUUCUAAUAAUCAAUCAAUCAAUGAAGAUGGGGCACUAUGUUCAUGUGUAUGAAAAACAAUAGUUUGAUUCACUUGUGUACCUAUUGCAUCAUGUAUGAUACAGAGAAAUCGAAGUUUGCUUUUGAAUACUGUAGCAAAAUCAUUUUCUUGGUCUUUAAAAAAGAAAAUAUUACAUGAAAAUUCUGUGAUGAAGUUUUUACCUGAUCUUGCUCGUCCAACGUUGCUAGGUAUUGUUGUCCUCAUCAGAAUAUGAUCCAGAAAGUCCUUGUGUUGUUAAACGUAGCAUGUAAGGCAACUUGUCAAGGAUUUCUUUCCUACAGUUUAAUCAUGUUAAUCUGUUGAAAACCAAAUCUGUGAUAACUCAGGCAGGAAUUUAUGGUAAAUGUAUGCAAUACCAAAUCAAAUUGGACUUAGCAUGUUAACAAUCAAGAUUUUGUGUACUGCGCUCAUAAAGGCUGUUGGAAAUCUAGCUGCCAUGUCUCUAUUAGUGUAAUUUUUACUUGAGUUUGCCAGUAGAUUUCAUUGUACAUUCCAUUAUGGGUGAGACUUGAGAAUCAAAGCCUUGUCCAACCUUUCCAAUAAUGACAACAUAAACUUCCAUGAUAACUAUAGCAUUGUCAGUUGGGUUGGAUCUAUACCAAUAACCCAUAAACACAAUCUAUGAUUAUUUAGAGGUGUAGAUUAGAGAUCAUGGAAAAGUGAGACCAGGCUUUAGUAAAACUAAAUCUGUAAGUGUAAGAUGUAAACAUGUGGACAUGUCUUGUUUAUGUAAAUAUACUUGUAAACAUGUUUGUCAUUAUAUAUUUCUAUUUGUGUUUUUAAUUCAAUGUUCAGUACUGGGUGCUCAAUUAGCAGAGUUGACAUCUAAAAAUGACAUCUGCUGUAUUAGUAUGAAAAGAGCACUUUUCAACAACAUAAACACAGGUGUUACCAAGUAAAAUACUACCGGUAUAUGUUUUUUUCUUUUCUUCUUCAGUAUUUAUGGUCUUGGUAUUUAAAGGAUGGUCGUGUUUAAUAAAAGUCAAUGCAUGUAAAGGGUUUGGGGGUAUAUUUCAACAGAUUUUUAAAAAUCUGCUUUAAAUCAGAAUAAAGUGACAGUUGUGAUAAGUUGAGUUGGGUGCAAUAUUACCGUUUGUCAAUAAUUUCUAAGUUUUCAGUUUCAAGAGAUUUAAACAAAAUAGAAACAGAGUAGGUGCUUCUUAUCUCUGACUCGAUCAAACAAAAUUCUGCCUGUUAUUGAAUAAAACAAGGAACUACUCUUCUUCUUGUGAAUUUACAUAUGUAGUUUAUUACAAUAUAGAAUAUCAUAUAUACAUCAUUGUACAUUGUUUAUUAUGCUUUCCAUAUUACUCCAUUUAGAAAUUCCAUGUUAAAGAGUUUAUGUGAAGCAUAAUGACUAAAAUUGCACUACUUGUGUUAAUUAUUUGAAAAGUCAGCAAUAAAGUGGAUUCAUGUCUAUAUACUACAAAA